AUGUUUGAUUUUAUUCCUCACUCGACUGAAUUGACAAAGUUGGUUGCUGCUGAAAUCACAUUAGUUUAUCACGGAAUACGUCAUGGACAUAGCUAUUUGAGUCAGGCAUGCACUGCUGAUGUCUCGAAGAAAUUGUGUCAAGAUUCAACUAUUGGAAAAAAUCUCACAUGUGGACGAACUAAAGCUCGUGAAAUUGCUGCUAAUGUUUUAGCUCCAUUUAUGACUUCUCAAAUUACAGAAAUGAUUAAUAAAUCCGGUUUUUAUUCUUUAUCAUUCGAUGCAUCUAACAAAGGUCACAAGAAAAUGUUCCCAUUUGUUGUAAAUUACUUCACAGUUCGUGGUAUCGAACGAUCAGUGAUUGAAGUAAUUGAACUAGUUAAUGAAACAGCUGAUCAUAUUGUUGCUUCACUUCGAGAAGUAUUGCAAAUGAAUAAUAUUGAUAUUCAGAAUAUGACAUCAAUUGGUGCUGAUAAUACAAACUUAUUAUUGAAACACAUCAAUAUUCGUUGGCUUAGCCUAUAUCCGUCUAUUGAACGAUUACUCAAAGUAUUUGAUCCAUUAUCUGCUUAUUUUUUGGAUUUGGGUGACGAAGAUGCUUUUCCAUGUCCACCAAUAAUUUCAAUGUUUUUUACUUCUACUGAAGCCAAAUGUACAAUUGUAAUUAAAUAUAUUGAGAAAUAUUAUGAUGAACAAUCUGAAUUGGCUGAAUUAACUGCAGUUUUUGGCAUACGUGAAAUCGAUCAAAUAAAAUUUCAUCAAAUUGAAGAGUGUGUCGUUUUUCUCAAGUUGGAAAUUGAUCAUGAUAAAUUAUUCGAUGAAUUGAAUAUUUUACAAUCCACAUUCAAAGAAGUCAAUUCAUAUCGUGAACCAUUGAGUGAUCAAAUUCGAAAAUAUAUCGGUGACGCUGCUCAUAAUUUCAGUGGAGAUAUAAUCAAUGAUCAAAAUAAUGAAUCACAGGAUGAAGAAGAUCUUUUUCAUAAAGCAACAAUUGAAAUUCAUGAAAAAGAAAAUCAGAUUCGAUCUGAUCAAUUGUGGGCAUAUCUGCUCACAAAAUCAACAACUUUAUGCAGCGAAAUG